AUGCUUCGACUUAGGCUGGCGAGGCCUGCGAGCUUGCUCCAGGUGCUUGGCAGGGUUGCGCCGCUCCUUCUGCUCACUGUCGUUUGUGCAAACGUGUAUCGACGACUGGUCCAUGAUACUGCCGACUUAUACAAGUGCUCUGCACUCCUCCACCAGGGCCAAUGGCUUGACUCGCCCGACCGCAGUCCCGAACGCAAACCCUUCCAGAACUGGCAAGUGCCUGGCUGCCUCUUGCACGAUUAUACGAAGUCCGACCUGGCCGACUGCAGUGAGGAUGGCCAGAUGCUGUUUGUGGGCGACACAACGGUGCGCCAGGUCUUCUGGGCUGCGGCGAAGAAGCUGGACAGCUUGUGGGUCUCCGAUCGGCAACAAGAGCUUGACAAGCAUGAGGAUCUACAUCUCGAGAAGGACGGAGCAAGGUUGACUUUCUUAUGGGACCCGUUGCUAAACAGCACCGAAUUUAGUGGAGAGCUGAAGGCGUACAUGGAGAGGAACAAGCCGCGAGGCGCAGGCGAGAAGAUGCUGCCAAGCGACGGCAAGAGGAGGUCGGUGCUGUUGUUCAUUGGCGGAGGACUGUGGCAUGCUCGACAUCUGGGCGAUGAGUACCUGCCGACCUUCAACCGCGUAGUCGACCGCGUCGCAGCAGUCAUGUCUACCACCCACGACCGCCUCACAAGCCCAGCAAACAUACGAGCGCAUGGAAAGGACGGAGUGGAUGACCAGAUUUUCUUUGCACCAGUUCCCGACCCUUUGGUCAAUCGAUUGAGUCCGUCACGCGAAGUCACUAUCUCGCAAAAUAAAAUCUGGGCUAUGAACGACCAUUUGCAGCUGUGGUCUAAUCGUGGACUGAACGUACCUUGGAUCUACCGGGACAUGACGGCAAAGUGGCCCGAAAUGGUCGGCGAGAGCGGUUUACAUGUUACUGAUCGCAUUGCAACCCAGAUGGCUGACGUUGUGCUCAACUAUCGAUGCAACGCAAAGGCGGCGCAGAAACAUGGCUAUCCGUUCACCAGGACCUGCUGCAGUGCCUACAGGCCCGUGAAUUCGAUUCAACUUACAAUGACGUUCGUCUUGUCGUCCCUUUUCGUCCUGGUCUCUUUUGGUCGUUACUGCCGCAAAUUCCAAGAGCUCGGGACUUUGAGCUUCCUAUCUGAGACGCUUGCUGUCUUCUUGCUUGCUGCAGUGUAUUGCUUCAUCGCCGACAGAACCCACAUUUUCGACAAGAUUCCGAAAGAGUUCGCUAACGUCGACUUCCGGGUAAUGCUAGGUACGGCUGUCUUGGUCUGCCUGAUGAAUAUUCGGAACGUCUCGUUACCUGUCAGAAAAAACAUGGCACGUUUGUCCGAAAACGCCGUCCGAUUGGCACCUUUUCUACCACGAGAUCAGUCAGAUGAGUUCAAGGGGUGGAUGCAGAUAUACGUCCUCGUGUACGCAUACACUGGCGCGUCCGACAUCAUGGACUUUUACAAGGUGUUUCGUGUAUUUGUUGCACUCUACCUCUUUCUCUCUGGUUAUGGUCAUGCAACAUACUUCCUGCGAACGAACGACUUCUCUUACCAGCGCGUUCUAGGCGUCGUACUGCGCCUCAAUACCCCUCCCGUGCUCCUUGCGCUCGCGCUGGACAGGCCGUAUACGUCUUACCAUUUUGCGCCCUUGGUUACCUUCUGGUUCAUCAUCAUAUAUCUGACGCUCAGGAUCAACCGAAGUUGGAACGAGUGCUUUGGACUGCUGGUCUUCAAGGUUGUGCUGGCGGCCCUGCUCGUUACGAUGUUCAGUCAAGUCCAAGGCAUCCUUGAGAUGUUGGCUACAUUCUUCAAUAUCGCUUUCCGAGCAAAUGUGAACGUAGACGAGCUGCGUUACCACCUUUGUAUAAACAGAUACAUCGUCUUUCUCGGAGUCGUUGUUUCAGCGCUGCAUAUCAAAGUCCAUUUGGUGCUUAAUACGUCGAAAAAACAGUUAGGCCCUGCUGGCUUCGUUGUGAAGCACUACUUUUUUCUCCACCGGAUUCUGCUUCUUGCGGCCGCCAUCAUCACCAUCCCGACUUUCUGGAUCAUGACACGGCGACUCAAGAGGAAAGACGAUUACGACUGGUGGAUGCCAUACAUUGCCUGGCUUCCUGCUCUCUCUUUCGUGAUUCUCCGCAACGCAACUAGCUUUCUGCAAGCGCGGUAUAGUGCAUCGUUCGCCUGGCUUGGCCGCAUAUCUUUCGAAUUGUAUCUCCUCUCGCAGCACAUUUGGCUUGCUGGCGACAGUAAAGGGCUUCUCCGGGUUGGAUUUCGGUAUGGCAGCGGCACGUUCCUGGGUGACAAGUGGCGCGAUCUGGUCAUCUUGACCCCGAUAUUCGUGUGGCUGUCGUGGAAGGUACAUGAGGCUACGAAGGUGUCUACGGCGUGGCUUCUAUAUGGUCGAGCUCCAGCUGCACAUCAAGCGCAGGAAGGGGAGAGUGCGGAUAGAGAUGUCAUGGAACUGCCAGGAUGGCACCGUGCGGAUGGCGAGGUCGGACGCGAUAAAGAAACAGGUCGCCAUGACCAGCACGACGGGCACAAGAAGAUGAUGUGGAGAGUAGGCGGCGUUGCUGCGGCCAUCUGGCUUGCAAACCUGAUAAGAUGA